GCCUGCAGUUCACAGUCUGAAAUCGAGCAGAGCAGGCUGGACCGAAGGAAGGAAAGGAAAGGAAAGGAAAAGUGCGGCUGUUCGUAACCGCCGUUCCAGCCCUCGGCUCGCAGCCGAGUUCCACCGCGCCCGGGCUGUGCCGCUGUCCCGCGCAGGCCCAGGCGCUGCGGGGGCGGGCGGGGGGCGGGCCGCGCGAGAUCGGGAAAUUCCCCUCCGAGUAGGGCGGCGAGCCUGGGUUGAAUCCGUUCGUGUGAGGCGCGGGCCCGGAGGGCAGUCCGCGGCGGCAGGGCCCGAGCGGCGGCGCGGAGCUGUCAGCAUGGCGGGUAUCUCAGAGCCCUACAUUGAAAUAUUCGAACAACCCAGGCAAAGGGGCAUGCGUUUCAGAUACAAAUGUGAAGGAAGAUCAGCAGGCAGCAUUCCAGGAGAACACAGUACUGACAACAACAAGACGUUCCCAUCUAUACAGAUUCUGAACUAUUUUGGAAAAGUCAAAAUAAGAACUACGCUGGUAACGAAGAAUGAACCCUACAAGCCACACCCUCAUGAUCUAGUUGGAAAAGACUGCAGAGAUGGCUACUAUGAAGCAGAGUUUGGGCCCGAACGGCGAGUCCUGUCUUUUCAGAAUUUGGGAAUUCAAUGUGUGAAGAAGAAAGACCUGAAAGAAUCAAUUUCUUUACGAAUCUCAAAGAAGAUCAACCCCUUUAAUGUGCCUGAAGAACAGCUGCACAACAUCGAUGAGUACGAUCUCAACGUCGUCCGCCUCUGUUUCCAAGCUUUCCUCCCUGAUGAACAUGGCAACUACACAUUAGCUCUUCCUCCUUUGAUUUCCAACCCCAUCUAUGACAACAGAGCUCCCAACACAGCAGAACUGAGGAUUUGCCGCGUGAAUAAGAACUGUGGAAGCGUAAAGGGAGGAGACGAAAUUUUUCUCCUGUGCGACAAAGUUCAGAAAGAUGACAUAGAAGUCAGAUUUGUCUUGGACAACUGGGAGGCGAAAGGCUCCUUCUCCCAAGCUGACGUUCAUCGCCAAGUCGCAAUCGUGUUCAGAACGCCGCCGUUCCUCAGAGACAUCACGGAACCCAUCACGGUGAAGAUGCAGCUACGAAGACCUUCGGACCAGGAAGUCAGCGAGCCAAUGGAUUUCAGAUACCUACCAGAUGAAAAGGAUCCAUAUGGUAACAAAGCAAAAAGGCAAAGAUCAACGCUGGCUUGGCAAAAGCUCAUACAGGACUGUGGAUCAGCUGUGACAGAGAGGCCAAAAACUGCUCCUAUCUCCACUGUCAACCCUGAAGGAAAGCUGAUUAAGAAAGAACCAAAUAUAUUUUCACCUCCACUGAUGCUGCCUGGGCUAGGAACGCUGGGCAGCUCCAGUCAGAUGUACCCUGCAUCCAGCCAGAUGACCUCCCAGCCUGCACAGCUUGGCCCUGGGAAGCAGGACACGCUCCCUUCCUGCUGGCAGCAGCUGUACAGCUCCUCUUCAACCAGCAGCCUGCUCGGCGUGCACCCCCACAACAGCUUCACAGCAGAGAUGCCUCAGCCCAAUGCUCAGGGCAGCAGCUCUCUCCCAGCUUUCCACGACAACCCACUGAACUGGCCUGACGAGAAGGAUUCCGGUUUCUACAGGAAUUUCGGCAGCACGAACGGGAUGGGAGCACCGAUGGCGUCAGCUGCAGACAUGCAGAGCGCUUCCAGUAACAGCAUCGUGCACGCCGCUCAUCCGGGCAGUGCCGCCACAGCCAGCAUCGUGAACAUGGAGACCAAUGACAUGAACUGCGCCGGUCUCAACUUCGAAAAGUAUACUCAGGUGUUAAAUGUAAGCAACCACAGGCAGCAGCUCCACCACCAGCUGCCUGCAGCGUGUCCGCCCCUGACAGGCGCUGGCAGUGCUUCCUUCAGUUCACAACCAAAUUCGGCCGAUCCAGCCAUUUACGGCAGCUUUCUAGAACAGGAAGUUUUAAGCGAUUCGAGACUAUCAGCCAACCCUCUCCAGAACCAUCAGAACAGCCUUACCCUUCCAGAUAACCAGUUCUAUGACGCCGAUGGUGUCCACGCCGAUGAGCUCUAUCAGUCUUUCCAGUUAGAUACAAACAUACUACAAAGCUAUAACCAUUGAGCCAGCUCUAGGCUGAGGUAGGCACAUAGUUACUCCUUGGAAAAGCUCUAACUCACCCUUCUGCUGGAUUCCCUGCUUUUUCUUUCAGAAUGCUACUAUGCAAAUCUCGUGGUAUAACUUAUAGUUCUGUAUAUAUCCAUCAGCCCAAAGACUGGUGCCCAUGGAGUAGCAUUUGGGGUGCUGUACCUUCACAGCUGCUCUCAAACAUUUUUAUAGUGUCGGAAAAGGGAAUUACGGAUACUUAAAGCAUGGGGGACAAAAGCUGGUAUCUUCAGAAGGGUCAAAUCUCCAAUAAUUCACAGGGUUAAUAUUGUCUGGAAAUAAAACGUUUUGCUAUGGAAAUUAAAUUAACAUUUCGAAAGGACAAACUAGAAAAAAAACUGCACGUGGGCACUCUAGUUCAGACUCACCUACCAUUAAUUCAACUUGCUUGAACGGUUCAGGUUUCUCAUACCCUCUUUCACAUAAAAUAUUUUUCUCCUGAAACAA